UAACCUAGAAGUAGAAGACGCGCUACUGCAGUGAAUAAGCAUUUUAGGUUCAUUCGUCGUAGUUUUAAGACGUCACUGUAUACUUAAAGUUUUACUUCCAAAGAAAAAAUAUUUUUGACUGUACGACGUACACAAACCGUAAAGUUUUAUUUUAUGCGACAGAAACAAUGAUGAAGGUCUUUCUGGAGGGCGUGGAAAAGUUUGUUGUUAUCACGUGAUAGACCGCUAAUGUUUGAUAAACUAUUUCUUUCUUAGCUCCCAGUUCUUUGGUUUCGACGUUCAAAGGUUAUUCUCAAAUAAUGCCUCAACCGAAAUACAGAAAGAUUGCUGUAUUGGGGUAUCGUUCAGUUGGAAAAUCCUCCCUCACGAUACAGUUUGUAGAAGGACAAUUUGUAGAUUCCUAUGACCCUACUAUUGAAAACACUUUUAAUAAAAUGGUGUCAGUGAAUGGCCAGGAUUUCAAUCUCCAGUUAGUCGACACUGCUGGACAGGAUGAGUAUUCCAUUUUCCCCCAGUCUCAUUCUAUGGAUAUUCAUGGUUACGUUCUGGUGUAUUCUGUCACUUCAAUGAAAAGUUUUGAAGUUGUGCAGGUUCUACACGACAAGCUUCUUGAUAUGGUUGGAAAGAUACAGGUACCUACUGUUCUAGUUGGAAACAAAAAAGACCUUCACAUGGAAAGAGUGAUUAAACCAGAAGAGGGCAAGAAGCUAGCUGAUUCUUGGGGUGCUGCUUUUAUGGAGUCAUCUGCAAAGGAAAAUCAGACAGCUGUAGAAGUUUUCAAGAGGAUUAUUCUGGAAAUGGAAAAAGUUGAUGGAAACGCCCCAUCAGAGGAGAAGAAGUGUGCUGUGAUGUAAGGCAUGCAGUAAACUCACAUGCU